AUGGAUGCUGACAAUUUAUCAGAUCACUGUUGGUUCGAAGAUCUUUCAUUUCUUCGAAUAGAUCACUUCAUUGAAGUAAUAGAAUCAAUUAAAAGGAGAAAGAUUCAGCCUAAUCUUGUAGGUUCUUGUAUUGCUCACUGGACAGUUAAGUGGUUUUCUGGAAUCACAUUGCGGCACAACAAUCGAAAUCAGAAAAAUCUGACCGUGCAAAUGCAUAAAUUUUCGACUGAAUGUCUGAUUAAGAUACUGCCUGCUGAAAGAAAUUCAGUUUCCUGCAAUUUUAUACCUCAUUUUUUAAAGGCAGCUCAUAUCAUGAAAAUUGAUUCAGAUUUGCUACACAAGCUCGAAAGAAGAAAAGCUAUCAUGCUUGAAAGCUGUAAAGUUACAUAUCUUUUAGAUAAGAGUGGUGUCACUCUUUUUUUGACAUGGUCAUUAUUACUAAAGCGGUCGACGCUUAUGUUUCCUUUACUUCAGAGUUUAGUACAAAUCCAUAGUGCAGAUUAUUCAAAGGAGGCAAAGCUCCUUGGUUUCAAGUACCAUCACCGCCCAUUUAUUAAAACUGUGCAUGCACAUCCUAACCUGACAGAAGAAAAAGGAAAUGUAUUAUGGGUGCUGGAAUACCAUAAACUAUCCCAAGAUGCACGCCAGUGA